AUGCAGGCACUGGGGAGCGUGUCAUUCAAGGUCGAGGGCUGCACAGGUGAAGCAGCACGCCGUGUCGUUCCCGAAACCGUCAACUGGUCCAGUCGGCUCCUCACGUGGCCGGGUCUUUGGACGUUCAAUGUUGCUCAUCAAACGUCAAUGCCAGCCCGCACCCAUGCGCGCACGACUGAAGACGCGAAUCUCGUCCAACUUGACGCUGCGUCACGACGGCCUGCGCGCCUUCGGGCUGGGACGGUCCGUUCACGUCGCAAGGUCCUCGACCCCGAAACAACGGCCGCCUCCGUGGAUGCUCGGGCUGCCAAACUGCCAUCCUUAUUUUGCACGCCGGGUGGUGGAGACGGCGUCCAUCAGCGCUGA